UCCAACCUUUGUUUCAUUAAAGGCUGUGAUGGCAAGUGACUUUGCAAUCCCGAGGUUCAGGCAUUUGGAGAAGCUUUUGCUCGUUCAUGGCCACUGGUGUUAUUCCCGGCUCGCCAACAUGGUGCUGUAUUUCUUCUACAAAAAUGCAAUGUUUGUGGCCCUUCUCUUCUGGUACCAGUUCUACUGUGGGUUCUCUGGCUCAUCAAUGAUUGAUCAGUGGUACCUGAUCUUCUUUAAUUUAUUCUUCUCUUCCCUUCCACAACUCAUUACUGGUGUGCUGGACAAGGAUGUACCAGCUGAAGUGUUAAUUGCUGUACCUCAGCUUUAUAAAAGCGGACAGAAUAUGGAGGAGUACCAACCACACAUGUUUUGGAUGAACAUGAUUGAUGCUAUGUAUCAAAGCCUGGUUUGCUUCUUCAUCCCCUAUUUUACUUACUAUGAUUCAGAGGUGGAUAUCUUCUCUUGGGGAACUCCCAUCACCACAAUAGCUCUUUUCACCAUCAUCCUGCAUUUGGCUAUUGAAACCAAAACUUGGACUUUUCUCCACUGGUCAUCUUGCAUCUUCAGUAUCAUUUUAUUCUUCUUUGUGGCUCUGGUUUACAAUGCUUCCUGCCCAGCCUGCCAUCCUCCAUCCAAUCCCUACUGGACCAUGGAAAGGCUGAUGGGAGACCCUAUGUUCUAUUUCACUUGCAUUAUAUCACCAGUUGUUGCAUUGCUGCCCAGAUUCCUGUACAGAACCCUUCAGGGAACACUGUUCCCAACCCAGCUGCAGCUUGGACGCCAGCUGAGUAAACUGUCCCCAGAGACUCGCUCCCAGCUGCUCACCAAGUUGAAUGUAAAGGAGACAGCAUGUCAGACACGGCUCUUUGCAGACAGCUUCUCCCCGAGCCUUGGCUCAAAUGCUAGUGAUUCUUACAAGGCUGAUAACCAAAGCACACCUUUGCCAACCUCUCCUCAAACAAGGGAGUCCCUUUUCCGAGAGCACGCAAAGCCAGAGCAUAAAACAGAUCAGACUGCAGCUGCCUCUCCCCAGGGUGCUGUGUUGUAUGAGGAAAACAAGCUCCCCUCGUCAGCAAGUAGUCUGGAAAGGUCCAUGGGGCUUCAUGAAGUUCGAUGUGGCACUUCAGAGGUGGAGUCAUUGCCUGUAGGAGCAACAUUCCCCUGGAGCUCAACAGUCGACCAAGCAGACUUCAGUUUGUUGAAGUGGAUCACAUCAACUCCACUGUUCAGCCACAUUGGGACUGUUUUACAGGUGUCAUCAAGCAGUUUACAAAAUGAAACACAGGACAGUAUGUGUGUGCUUGGCUCUUCUUUGCAUGUGGACUUCAAAGGCUUAAAAGAAGAGAGUUCAAAUAACUUGCAGGACAAAACGAAAGGAACCCCAGCAGAUCAUUGUAAAAAUGACAAUUCUGAGACCACCUUUUUAUGACGUGGGCCAUAAAUAUAUUUAUAUAUUUUAUAUUUGCACACAUUUAUAGUGAGAUUGCUCUAUUUGUUUCCAAAGGUGAAACAGAAAAUCAAAGGUACAGAAUGAUUAUUUAAGAAUGUUUAAAUACAGUUUAUUGAAAUAAGAGCUUUAAAUAUAAAAAGAAACACUUGAAAGUUGCAUUUAUAUUGUUUUAUUUUUUCAUCUCAUUUUGUAAAGAAAUGCCUUUUCUUUAUUUUUCAAAUGCUUCUCUUUUAUUCUGACACAUACUGUAAAAGCAAAGGAUCUAUCUACCAUAUUUGAAAGGAUUAGAUUCAGCAACAAUUAUUGAUAUCAUUAUAGGCCAUUCAGUAAUCAAGGAGAAAAAACCAUGAUAAUAAAGAGUCACUAUAUUCCA